AUGAAUUUGAACCAGGGUUCAGGAGCGACCAGCACUCCACAGACUAUAUUGGUCAUGCAAAAUGACGAACAAACGAGAAACCAAAAUAACUCACCCUUCGCUUGGGUCGACACCAACGGUGGACAGUCACCUAGUCCUAUAUGGAAAUGUCAAAAGAUUUUGGUGUUGUUCUUUUUGGUAACUCUGACAAUCGCCGCUGUUGUGCUGACCGUGACCUUCACUCUCUCUGAGAGCAGUGACAAUGCCAAACCCGAGGAGUGGAUGGCAGAAGAAUUUCCGGGUAAGGGGAUAGAACCCAUUGUUGAUCCAACAAAUCCACGUGUUGAUAACUUCUCUUACGAAGGCGUGGACAGGAUGCUCACUUGGAAGACUUCUAGAGAUCCGAAUAGUAGCCUGAAGCUGCCAGAGUUCGGCAAAAUUACUGAACAAAUCACGGAUAUAACUGACAAGCUUAUAAAGCCGGACGUCGUCAGCGAUGAGUACCACAAAAAUUUGUUCAAAGAGGCGGAAAGAGAGGUAGCGAACCGAUUAAAUGGUAUACGAUCUUGA